AUGUGCCCUGUGAAAGUUUUUGCCCUGGAAGGAAGUCGGUCUUGCCAGUUGAAAAUGAGACACUUUCAAAUGAACUUGCUUCUCAUCUGUGUGGCAACUGCCACAGCCAUCCCCGUAGUGCCCUGGAAGGUGAAAUGCCCACUGCAGUGUGUGUGUCAGAUCCGGCCCUGGUACACGCCCAGGUCUGUGUACAGGGAGGCUGCCACCGUGGACUGCAAUGACUUGUUCAUCUCCACGGUGCCCGAGAGCUUGCCAGAGGGGACACAGACCCUGCUCUUGCAAAGCAACCGCAUCGCCAGGGUGGACCAGAGUGAGCUGGACUAUCUGAAAAACCUGACGGAGCUGGACCUGUCGCAGAACAGCUUCUCUGACAUCUGGGACUUCAGUCUGAAGAACAUGCCCCAGCUGCUGAGCCUCCAUCUUGAAGAGAACCAGAUGGCUGAGUUGUCCGAUAACAGCUUCUCUGGCCUGGCCAACCUCCAGGAGCUGUAUCUGAACCACAACCAGCUGCGUAGGAUUUCCCCGCGGGCCUUCUCAGGCCUCAGUAACCUCCUUCGGCUCCACCUCAACUCUAAUCUCUUGAGGACAGUUGACAGCCGCUGGUUCCAGGUGCUCUCCAACCUGGAGAUCCUCAUGAUUGGAGGCAACAAGGUGGAUGCUAUCUUGGAUAUGAACUUCAGGCCUCUGUCGAAUCUGAGGAGCUUGGUUCUGGCUGGGAUGAACCUGAGGGAGAUCUCAGAUUUCGCCCUGGAAGGGCUGAGAAGCCUGGAGAGUCUGUCUUUCUAUGACAACAAGCUGGUGAAUGUCCCCAAGCGGGCGCUGCAGCAAGUCCCUGGCCUUAAGUUCCUGGAUCUGAACAAAAACCCUUUGCAGAGGAUCAGGCAAAGUGACUUCACGAAUAUGCUACACCUCAAGGAGCUGGGACUUAACAACAUGGAGGAGCUGGUUUCCAUAGACAAGUUUGCCUUGAUCAACCUCCCUGAGCUGACCAAACUGGACGUGACCAACAAUCCCAAGCUGUCCUUCAUCCACCCUAGCGCUUUCCAUCACCUGCCCCAAAUGGAGACCCUGAUGCUCAACAACAAUGCCCUAAGUGCCUUGCAUAAGCAGACGGUAGAGUCCCUGCCCAACCUGCAGGAGAUCAGCAUCCACAGCAACCCCAUACGCUGUGACUGCGUCAUCCGCUGGGUCAACAGCACCGAGAACCAUAUCCGCUUCAUCGAGCCCCAGUCCACACUGUGCGCCGAACCCCCAGACCUGAAGAGGAGGCACAUCCGGGAUGUUCCCUUCCGGGAAAUGACCGACCGGUGCCUGCCUCUCAUCUCCACCAAGAGUUUCCCCUCCCACUUGGAGGUGGCAGACAACGAGAACAUCUCACUGCAUUGUAGGGCCCUGGCGGAACCGGAACCAGAGAUCUACUGGGUCACACCUUCUGGGGUCAAGCUGAUCCCUUACUUGGAGGACGGGAGGUACAAGGUGCACCCUGAAGGGACACUGGAAAUUCACAAGAUAACUGCACAGGAGGCCGGGCUCUAUACCUGCGUGGCCCAUAACCUCAUUGGUGCUGACACCAAGAGCAUCAGCCUGAUGGUCAACAGCUCCUUCCCUCUCAGCGUGGACAACCUGGAGCUCCUGGUGAAGGAAGUCCAGGCUUACCAUAUCCUUGUCACCUGGAAGCCCCACCUCAACACAGUCUCCUCCAAUCUCACCUGGUCCAGCUUCUCCUUCAGCUCCAGUUUGGAUGUGACCAACGUGGCCCGGAUCCCUGCGGGCACCCACCUGUAUAACAUCACCCGGCUCCACCAGGGCACAGAGUACUGGGCCUGUCUUCAUGUGGCCUUUGUAAACUUGCAGUCCAAGGUGGCCUGUGUGAAUGCCAGGACUAAAGAGGCUGGCUACGGCUAUGGGUACCUGGAGAGCGGGCAGAGUGUCUUGACGGUGCUGGCCCUCUGCAUCUUGCUGCUUUCAGUCAGCCUGGUAGGCCACUAUGGCUUUGGUUCCUACAGGCCGCAGCCUGGGAAGCUGCUCCUGCGCUGCCUGCCAUGGAACCCGGGCUCGUCCUCGGUGCGCGUGGUCUACCCUCCUUUCGUCAAACACUGGGAUCAAGGGAGGCCUGGGGAAAAGCUCCUAGCCGUGGAGGUGCAAGCAACGCCACUGGACUCUUGA